GAGCUUUAUUACGUCGUGUAGAGAAAGGAGUUUUGAAAGUAGAAGACUUUCUUCUUCAUCUUCUCUCUCUCUCUCUCUCUCUCUCUCUCUCUCUCUCUCAUAUCUCUUUGAAAACCAAACAUCAAGCUAAAGAAAAGCACAAAUCACAUUCAAAUCCCAAAACACCUUUCAAACAAGAUCACACACAACAAUUCACAGGGAAAUCCCACCAUACCCACAAUCACAUUUGAUGCAUUCUGAUUUGUAACAAUAUCCCAUAAAAGGGUAUUUACGGAAUUACAGGAAGAUCUUGAAAUCAUGGUUCUUGGUUUGAGGUCUAAGCACCGGAAAGACGGUUCUGUUCAACUAAAUUAUGUUGUUCAUGUACAAGAAAUUAAGCCAUGGUUGCCAUCAAGUCAAUCUCUAGCACUCCUAUGGGAAAACGGUGAUCAGAAUUCCGGUUGUCUUAACCCUAAUGUUAUAGACUCCACAGUCGAAUUCAACAAAUCUUUCGUACUUCCGUUAACGUUACGUAGAGAAAAACGGGAUCGCGAUAAGUUUCAAAAAAACUAUCUGGAGUUUCAUUUAUAUGAGCCGCGAAAAGAUAAGCCGAAUAAAGAUCAGCUGUUAGGGUCUGCAGUGGUUAAUCUCGGUGACUAUGGGAUCGUAGACAAUGUAUUGAAUCUUAGUGUACCGAUCAGCUGGAAAAAGAGUUCGAAAUCUGCUGUACAGCCGGUUUUAUAUCUUAAUAUACAGUCGAAUGACAAAGACGAGACUAAUUCAUCGAUGAGUAGCCUAUCGAAGCAAUCUUCGUUGGAGAAAUACGGUCAAGAAUCUGCAUCGGAAGUAACGAAUGAAGAGAAUGACAAUGAACUCGGGAUAGCUUCUUUUACAGAUGAUGAGGAUGAUGAAGAUGAUUAUAAACAGUCAUCAUAUCCAAGUCAUAAGGAUUCUGUGGAGACCACAAAACAAGAUAGGAAUGUACAACAGCCAGCUAUUCCACAAGUAACAGAAUCUUCAUAUAAAAAUUCUACAAAACCACCUGAAAGAAGCAUGACAUCGGUUCGAAAAGACCAUACUACCCCUGCCCCUUUCCUCCAGUCGUCUUUCUCUACCAUGGGCUCACACAAUAAGACCAUAGGGACAAAGCCUCAAAUGAGGACAUUGGAGCCCGAAAACAAGAUCCAUGGGCUUCAAGAGGAUAUAAAAGGCAACCCGCAGUCCGUUGUAACUACUUCCGUUAGUAAAUCUCCGAUAAAUGUCGAAUCUUUACAUGAUGAAAUUGCAAACUCCGGAAGUGAGCAGGAGGAAAGAACGCAAGAAGAAAAAAAACAAAUAUCAGAAGACAAUCUCGUCGGUAAAUUUUUAGCUUCGAGAAAACAAGAUAAAUUACGAAGCAACACUCUUGUGUCUAACCGAAAACCGCCCGGAGGACAGGUGUCCGGUAAUAAACUUAAGCAUUUAAAGUCUGUUCAGUUACCAAAGGCCGGUGGGCUUUCAGGAAACGGGGUUCCUACUGCUAGCCCAAACAGAGCAGAUAAAGAUAAAGUUAUUCAAACUAAUAACGACUCGUUUGGAACUGGUGUUAUAAAAAGUGAAUCUUUAAACGGUAAAAGUGAUGAGAGUUCUAGAAUAAAGAUGCUUGAAGAAGAACUUAGGGAAACUGCAGCGCUAGAGGCUGGACUUUAUUCAAUCGUGGCGGAACACGGGAGUUCGACAAACAAAGUUCAUGCACCCGCUAGACGUCUUUCUCGAUUUUAUCUACAUGCUUGCAAAGAAAAUGAUCAAGAAAGACGAGUAAACGCGGCUAAAGCUAUUAGUUCUGGGCUUGUUUUGGUUUCCAAAUCAUGCGGAAAUGAUGUACCAAGGUUAACUUUCUGGCUAUCAAAUUUGGUUAUGUUGAGGGCGAUUAUCGUACAAACUAUCGGAGAACCGUCCACUGGAAAACACAAAUACGGUUCAAAGAAAGCUCCCAGUGACUGGAGGGACCCACAAACGUUCUUAAUUGCAUUAGAAAAGGUUGAAGCUUGGAUGUUCUCAAGAAUCAUCGAGUCCGUGUGGUGGCAGACUCUUACUCCACACAUGCAAUCAACCGCUACAAAUGCUAGUGGUUUAAAUUCAAAGAAACCGUCUGGAAGUAAAAAUGGUUUGGGAAAUCAACAAGGGAACUUUUCUAUUGAACUUUGGAAAAAAGCUUUUAGAGACGCGUGUGAACGACUAUGUCCUACGCGUGCGGGAGGCCAUGAAUGCGGUUGUUUACCUGUGCUUCCAAGAUUGGUUAUGGAGCAGCUGGUGGAUAGACUAGACGUUGCAAUGUUUAAUGCUAUUCUUCGUGAAUCCGCUGAAGAAAUGCCAACGGAUCCGUUAUCAGAUCCAAUUGGUGAUCUUAGGGUUCUUCCUAUUCCGGCUGGAAAAUCAAGCUUUGGAGCUGGAGCUCAGUUAAAAAAUACCAUUGGGACAUGGUCAAGAUGGCUUACGGAUCUGUUCGGUAUUGAGGAUAAUGACAUUCACGAAGAUGCCGAUGAUGUCAUCGACAACAAGAAAGAACAUGAAACGUUCAAGGCUUUUAGAUUACUCCAUGCUUUAAGUGACCUCAUGAUGCUUCCUUUUGAAAUGCUUGCAGAUAAGUCCACCAGAAAGGAGUUUUGCCCAACGUUUUCUACUUCAUUGAUCAGGAGGGUCGUUUACAGUUUCGUGCCAGAUGAGUUUUCUCCAAACCCGAUUCCCAACUCGCUUAUCGAAACCCUUGAUGCCGAGGAUGAUGAAACAGAAGCUUCCGAAGAGUCUCUUAUAAACUUUCCAUGCAUUGCGCCACCAUCAACAUACAAACCUCCAUCGGCACAUUCACUUUCAUCCGUAAUCUCCAUUGGUGGGUCCCAAUCACUAACAAGAAGUUCGUCAUCGGUUCUCAAGAAAUCCUACACUAGUGAUGAUGAACUUGACGAGCUAGACUCGCCUUUGACCUCAAUCCUCACAGACAGUUCGCGGGUUUCCUCAAGUUCGAAUGGAUUUCAAUCGGUCCCCAAGGGUGGAAGGAGCGUUAUGCGAUAUCAACUCCUUCGAGAAGUAUGGAAAGAUAGUGAAUAGGCCCGGGUUUGCCCGUUUUCUGGGUUUUUUUUUUGUUUGAACGGCUUUAUUUAAUGUAGUUAUUGAUGUUAUUUUCAUCUUGUUUUGGUUCCUAGAGCAACAUAUAUGUUUCAAUUAGAAUGAGUUUUCUUGUGAAAUAAAAUGUUUACUCGCUAGUAAUUUUAAAAGAUUU